GCUCCUUCAGCUGCACCAGUGCCCAGUGUAGCUGCAUCACUGCUCAGUGUCCAGGCUCCACCAUUGUUCACAGUCCGGGCUCCUUCAGCUGCACCACUGCCCAGUGUCCAGGCUCCACCACUGCUCAGAGUCCGGGCUCCUUCAGCUGCACCAGUACCCAGUGUCCAGGAUCCUUUAGAUACACCAGUGCCCUCAGCAAUGGCUGUUGACGAACACUGCAUUCCUGGAAUGGACCGGGUGGAUGCGUUGGCAGAGUGUCUGGUGGAGCUGCGCACACAGACAAGCCUCACACUUACCAACCAACAAGUUGCGACCAUUGUGGGUCUGUGGCAGAACCUGGACAAAUUUGAUAAAGACAGGGUGGUGUAUGCUGCUCGUCAUCAAGACAGGCUACUUACAGGACGUUUUAGGUCCCCAAAAAAGAAAGCUGUCUUCACUCCUGGUGUCGACAGCACAAAAAGGUGUGUUUUGGGUUCUAGCGGCUCUCCAGCACAGUGGCCUAAUUGCUGUCGCCUUGUUGAAAUGAUUUUCAUAAGGUUAUGUAACAUCCACCGAAGCCCCAAGAAACAGCGGACAGAAUGUCUGUCUAGAUGGGAUCUCAUUCUUCGUGAUUACAGAAAAAUUCGGCAGCUAAUCCUGAGCAAUGGAACGGUGAUGAGUGACACAACCCUUCAGCUAGUUGAGGUAAAUCAGAGGACCCUUACGACAUGGCACAAUAACCGUUUAAAGGGUCAGGAGGUCUCCUUGCUGUUGCAAGGGCUGGACCUUCCAGAGGCACGUCCAGUGGCUUUGGAUGUUUUGCCUCCAGCACGAGUACAGCCUGUUGUGCCUCCACAAUAUAGCCACCAGUUGCAUACCUACCAGAUGCCACCAGACACAGCUGGACAGGCAAAGACAAAGUUUAGAAAGAUUGCGCCCUCAGCUACCUGUACAUCUGCCACAGCAACUUCAAUCUGGCCAUCAGCCGUACACCCUCAGCGUUCAGCCACGUCCAGCCAGCUAAGGACAAUUUGUCCCAGGCCGACAGCACCACACCCAUUGGUUCCUGACACACCCACUGCCCCUGUUGUGUCUCAGAUGUUUCUGGUGCCCUGCCCAGCCCCAUUUUCCACCAUUAACCCUGGAGCAAUUUCCUCUGAGCCACCUGCAAAUGACACAGCCACUCCAACCAAACGAUCGUACAAUCGCACUGUAAAAGCAAAUUCGUGCAGAAAGUGUGGCCAAUUUCGUACUCAAGAAACUGGCCAUAGCCAGUACAAAGGCAAAAUAUAUUGCCCUAAUAAAGAAACAAUUACGAAGGAGCAGUGGUUACAGAUUAUGAGAAGAUAACUCAUUUAUUUAUGUGUGAUACAUUCAUUUUGUUCUCUUGGUUGGAUCUGUUCUGUUUUUUAUCUUCCAGCCAUAUUUAAUGUUAAAGAGUUAUACUGUGCACUUUUUUUUAUCUUGUAUUAUUAUUAUUAUUAUUAUUAUUAUUA